AGGAAGCGAACGUACAAAAGAGGAGGAGCAGAAGCGAAAUGAAAUCGACAGCCUCGCUCUCGUCAAUCCUCAGCUCCAAAGCCUGCCUCUCUCGCUCCGCUCUCCUCCCGAGGCCUCUGCCCCGCUCCAGCUUCCUCGCCGGCGCCGGAGCCGGCCGCCCCGAUUGCGCCGCGAACCGCCGCCUCGGGCUCCGAAUCGGGACCUCCGGCUUCACCGCCGCUGCCGCCGCGAUGGCCGCUUCCUUCAAGGCCGAGCAAGCUAGGGCUCCGCCCGCGCUCCCUGUGCCCACUCCUCCUCUCGCCAAGUUCAAGAUCGGGCUGUGCCAACUCUCGGUGACGGCGGAUAAGGAGCGGAACAUCGCCCACGCGCGCGAGAAGAUUCACGAGGCCGUGGACAAGGGCGCGCAGCUUGUUGUCUUGCCCGAAAUAUGGAACAGUCCCUAUUCAAAUGAUAGCUUCCCUGUUUAUGCUGAGGACAUUGAUGGAGGUUCAUCUCCUUCGACUGCUAUGGUAUCCGAAGCUGCUAAGGCCCUGAAGGUUACCAUAGUGGGUGGUUCGAUCCCAGAAAGAUGUGGUGAUCGGUUGUAUAACACUUGUUGUGUUUUUGGUUCCGAUGGAGUGCUGAAGGCCAAGCACCGCAAGAUACAUCUUUUUGAUAUUGAUAUACCUGGGAAGAUCACAUUUAUGGAGUCAAAGACUCUCACAGCAGGAGAAAGUCCAACAAUAGUGGACACAGAUGUUGGACGUAUUGGUAUAGGCAUCUGUUAUGAUAUUCGGUUUCAGGAAUUGGCAAUGAUUUAUGCUGCGAGAGGUGCUCAUUUACUAUGCUAUCCUGGGGCCUUUAAUAUGACCACUGGACCAUUGCAUUGGGAGCUACUCCAGAGAGCUAGGGCUGUAGAUAAUCAGUUGUAUGUUGCAACUUGUUCACCCGCUCGGGAUGCUGGAGCUGGUUAUGUGGCUUGGGGGCACUCCACUUUGAUUGGACCAUUUGGACAAGUUUUGGCGAAAACAGAGCAUGAGGAGGCCAUCAUCAUCGCAGAAAUCGAUUAUUCCGAGAUGGAGAUGAGGAGGACUAAUCUUCCAUUGGAGAAGCAACGGAGAGGGGAUCUCUACCAGUUGGUCGAUGUCCAAAGAUUGAACUCCUAACAAGUCUCUCCAAUGCAAAUGAUCGGAAGAUGGCUGUCCGGUAUUGUAAUGGUAAUGGAAACACUGUACCAAACAGCAAUUCGUGAGGGGAAUUCUUGUCUGGGAGAUGUCCAGAGUCGGUCAUUUUGCUAGCAGAAGUAAUAAAAUCUCUUAUUUACUCCCCUACAGUGUGUAGCGCAUUUGUAUUAAACCGAGACUUCCGUUUUCUGAUACACUACAAUCGGAUGGAUGGUGUUAGUGAGCCACAGUGCCGUCUUAUGUACAUUACAUGGCUAAAUACAAUGUCCUAUUGUCGCACCACUUUUAUCGGCUGUCUCCAAAGAGGCCAAGUGCGAUGGUAUAUAAGAAUUAAAUUGAGGAAAGAGCAUUGAGGGAAGCAAGGAGAAGAGGGAGCAUGCAGUGCACGUGAUGCUGUUGACCCCAACUCCAAGAAAGCAGCCAACCUGGGCCUAAAUCCUAGUCCAAGAAGUGCACGUGGCUUCAAAGAAACAGGAGACUGCCCCCUUUGUCAGGGAUUGCUGGUGCUUGCUAGUCCUCGGAAAAAGGGACAAUAAUUCUAUAAGCCCUGGGAAGAUGGUGCUUUGUCA